UAUAAAACCAAGCCUAGAGUCUUUGUUUACAGCAGAGUACGCUGGAAGUUGGUGCUUCUGUUACCACCGGUCGCUUCAAGCGGUUUAGGCCUAUAGAAGAAGUUUCGUUAUAUAUUACGGUUCUUUUGGGUUCUGAGUGUUGGUGAUCAGUCAUGGUGGCGAUGACGAAGAGAAUGAAAACCUUCCAAAUUAUUCUGUCUGAUCCGACCAAGAGUUUUUAUUGCGGCGGGGAUAAGGUGUCUGGGCGGAUAGAAGUUGAAGUGAACGAGGUGACCCGUGUGUCCGCGGUUAAAGUUUUAGGUCUGGGCUGUGCCAAGGUGGAGUAUGCAAAAGGAAAGCAGCGGUGCAGACAGGAGACGGAAUACCUCAGAUAUGAAGAGGAACUGCGACUACAGGACCAGCCCUCAGACUCUGAUGGGUCAGUCAUCUUGAGGCCUGGCAACAAAUAUGAAUACAUGUUUGGAUUUGAGCUCCCUCAGCAAGGGCAGCUGGUGUCAUCAUACAAAGGGAAGUUUGGCUACGUUCACUACUAUGUGAAGGCCCAGAUAGAGAGGCCUCAGCAGGCCACACUGGAGUGCAAAAAAUCCUUUGAGGUAGAGGAACCUCUGGAUGUCAACACUCCAGACCUUCUGUCUCCCACAGGUGGCAUGAAGGAGAAGAAAGUUACUUGCAUGUUCAUCCCCGAUGGCCAAGUGUCACUGAAUGCAAAAAUUGACCGCCGUGGAUUUUGUGAAGGGGAAGACAUCUGCAUUAAUGCAAAGUUUGAGAAUACUUGUUCCCGCAUUGUGGUGCCCAAGGCUGCCAUCAUUGCCAAACAUACUUACCAAGCUAAUGGUCGCACCAAAGUCUUUCGCCAGAAGCUGUCCUCUGUGCGUGGAAAUCACAUUAUAUCAGGCAUGUGUGACGCCUGGCAGGGAAAGACUAUCAGGGUGCCGAAAAUCAAACCAUCCAUGCUGGGCUGCAGCAUCAUUCGUGUGGAGUAUGCAUUGAUGAUUUACGUCCACAUUCCUGGCAGUGAAAAGCUGAUCCUGGAACUUCCCCUGGUUAUUGGGACUGCUGGUCUAGGAAGCCGCACCAACAGUGUGAGCAGCCAGGAGGGAUCAGUCAGCAAUGCCUCCCAGAGUUGGGUAUCUCUCAGGAUGCCCUCUGAGCUUCCAAGCUAUUGUGAUGUCACACGUGAUUGCCGCCUGGACCAACCCCUCACGCCUUUGCUGGAUGACUUUGACGGUGAAGACAGUCCCAUCUUCAUGAACACACCAACCUUCCAGUUCCCACCACCUCCAGCAUACACUGAGGCUGAGGAGGAGUACAAUGGAAAUGCUCGAAUGUUGCCAGUCUGCUGAAGUCCAGCUGCUGAAAUAUUUGAACUGUGGUCCAGCUCUCAAUGAUCAUUCAUCAGAGGCACUUGGGAAAAAGCAGAGGAUACAAACUCCAGAGGAGUUAUGCCAGUGGAAGUGGACAGAAGUGUGCUUGUCAAUUACAUUUAACUGUCUAUAAUAUGCUUCAUAAUCUAUUCUGAUUGUGAUUCCUCCUCCUGGCCCUCUCCAGGAACAGAGAAUUAGAGGUCAAGACACAAAGCUUAACCACAUCACAGACUCUACGAUGUGAUUUAUUCCUGGGUUUUUGAAUAAGCUGUCCCAGACAGUAGUUCAGGGUCUCACUGUCCAUUCACAGCCACUUUUUCAUUCGGGCCAAACACUGUAUAAGUCAGCCCCAAGCCUGCUGUGACAUACUUGCUUCUCAGGGGGAAUUUACCUUUUCCUCAUAAUGAUUUGUCAUUCCAGUCAAACCCUGUCUUUUUAUGAGACUUCAAAAGAGGAACCAUCCUGUUGGUAGGUUCAGUCCAUGUGUAGAAUGAUUUUCCUUUGAUGGGAACAGAACCUUAUACAGCCUUGGUAUGUUCAUGUGCCACAGUGUCUGGUUUAUUCCUUAAUUUUAUUGCACUUUUCAUUUGCAUUUUGCUCUACUGCUGCCUAUGUGAGUUUAUAUUUGUUCAUUUUUGUUUAAGAUAGGUUUUGAUGACUAGAGUGAAUACUAUAGGUAAAAAUUAUUGGAACAUCACUUUUGAUUUUUAAGUCCUGGAUUGGUGACAUUGAUAUUAAUCCAGGUAUUACUCUACACACGCUCCGAUGUUAUAGAACGCACCUUAUGUAAUCAUUGUUUCUGACCUGAGGUUGUCCUAGACAACAUUUCAUUGUGAGAUCUCUGCUGUGGUGGUUUCACAGCUUAUUUUCUUUCAGAGUGCAAGGAAAUCACUGUCAAAGCUUAUUUUUGGGAAAGUAUUUUUGCAACAUGUCCUUGAUACGGAAGUAUUUUUGUAUGAAACCUUAGGGUUUAGUUUUUUAAUAAAGAAAUACUGGAAAAAUAUA